GUAAGGGAGAGGCCAGGGAUGCGGAGAAUGGCCCCUGAAAAGUCAUCGCCUAAGAUCUGAGGGCUUCUCGGUGAUCAGAGGUUGGGGACUGAUCCUGGAGAAACAAGAAGAGCUGGGGUCGCAAAAAGUCGUAAAACUUAAGCUCCGUGGCGAUAGAGAACUGGGCCUUGGUUGUGGAGCAGGAGGGUGGACUGGAGGGAGAAGGCCCCCAAAGAGAAGCCCAGCCAGCCGCCAGCCCGGCAGCCCCGCCAGGGACCCACCAAUGAGGCACAGAUGGCAGCAGCGGCGGCCCUGGCCCGGCUGGAGCAGAAGCAGCCCCGGGCACGGGGCCCCACAUCGCAGGACUCCAUCCGGAACCAGGUGAGAAAGGAACUUCGAGCUGAAGCAACUGUCAGUGGGAACCCAGAGGCUCCGGGGAACAACACGGUGCAGGAGCCCAAAGAGGAAGGCUCAGCCCACCUGGCGGUGCCCGGAGUGUACUUCACCUGCCCCCUCACAGGGGCCAUCCUAAGAAAGGACCAGCGGGACGCCCGCAUCAGAGAGGCCAUUCUCAUGCACUUCUCCACUGACCCGGUGGCUGCCUCCAUCAUGAAGAUCCACACAUUCAACAAGGACCGGGACCGGGUGAAGCUGGGCGUGGACACCAUCGCCAAGUACCUGGACAACAUCCACCUGCACCCAGAGGAGGAGAAGUACCGCAAGAUCAAGGUGCAGAACAAGGUGUUCCAGGAGCGCAUUCACUGCCUGGAAGGGACCCACGAGUUCUUUGAGGCCAUCGGCUUCCAGAAGGUGCUGCUUCCAAUCCCCGACCAGGAGGGCCCCGAGGAGUUCUACGUGCUGGGGGAGGCCGCCCUGGCCCAGCCUCAGAGUCUGGAGCGGCACAAGGAGCAGUUGCUGAGCGCCGAGCCCGUGCGCGCCACUCUGGCCCGCCAGCGCCGCGUCUUCCGGCCCUCGCCCCUGGCCUCGCAGUUCGACCUGCCCACGGACUUCUUCAACUUGACGGCUGAGGAGAUCAAGCGGGAGCAGCGACUGCGGGCGGAGGCCGUGGAGCGGCUGAGCGUGCUGCGGACCAAGGCCAUGCGUGAGCGGGAGGAGCAGCGGGAGAUGCGCAAGUACACGUACACGCUGCUGCGCGUGCGCCUCCCCGACGGCUGCCUGCUGCAGGGGACCUUCUACGCCCGGGAGCGGGUGGCUGCGCUGUACGGGUUUGUCCGAGAGGCCUUGCAGAACGACUGGCUGCCCUUUGAGCUGCUGGCCUCGGGCGGGCAGAAGCUGUCAGAAGAUGAGAACCUGGCCUUCAACGAGUGUGGGCUGGUACCAUCUGCCCUCCUGACCUUCUCGUGGGAUGCGGCGGUGCUUGAGGACAUCAGGGCUGCAGGCACCCAUCCAGACACGUCUAUCCUGAAACCCGAGCUCCUGUCGGCCAUUGAGAAGCUCUAGUGAAAUAAAGCAGGGUUGGCUCAGCCCCACCGUGGGUCUGUCUCGUGCUCUCCUCCAUGUUCUCCCAUUCCGGUCCCCCUACCACCUCCAGAACCGCUCACCCUGCCCAUGGGGCACUGCGGGCAUGAGGCGGGGUGCUGGCUGGCCGAGCACACAGCCAUGACCACCGCCAGGAGAGGAUAUCACUAAUAAUCUGUUUAGCAGAAGCCCUGGGUGCCUCCCAGGCGGAGCAGCCUGCAGCCCCGGCCAGAACCCUGUGUUCAGUGGCCCCAGGGUGACCAGCCAAGGGAGGCCUGGGCCUGUCAGGACAAGUUCUGUAAAGUUAUAAACCUGAAUAAACAGGAUGUUGACUAGUU